AUGUUGGGACUCCUGCUGUGUCUGUGGGAGCCUUUGUCAGCAGUAGUUUUCCGAGUGAGCGGUGCUCACAUUCUGCAGGCUACAGAUGCUAACGCCACGAUCGGACCAUCGCCACGGUCGGACCAUCGCUUCUUGGACGGCUGCGAGGAUGGUUUGAAUUCAUGGAUCAUUCUGUGUCGCUGGGAGAGGUGGGGACGCCUGGUUUGGUCACGGAAGACUUGA